AGAGAUCCAAUGAAAGAAAAGGCAGCACCUCUCUUUGUCAUCCUCAUCGUAGCUUUGCUACUUUUGGAGCCUCUCUUCUUCAGACAGUCAGAAGCAACAUCGUGCAAGGAAACAAAGCAUCGAAAGCUCGGGAAUAGAGAAGAAGCGGAAAAUAGGAGAAAUGAAAUUGUUAUCCAAAUAAAAGCGAAAGUGAAGCGAAGCUACUCAAAGAAGGGACCUCAGAAAAAGGAACCUUAUAAAGGAGAGCCACCUUGCAAGCCCCCGACUCAUCCUCACUAG